CAACUUCAUCUUCUUCGUCAACUCUUUGUUUCACAUACACCAUAAACCCUAAUUACAGCUUACCUUGGCUCAAAGUUCGAUCCUUUGAAUCUAAAUCAGGGGAUUCAAGUAUGUGGAGCUUUGAGUUUUGAGUCAAGCAAAAACUAGUUAUGGAAAGUCUUGGAGGUAUAGGGUUUAGUAAUACGAGCAGUGCAACAAAGAAGAAGCGGAGCACCACGUUGCGUCGGCCUUGGAAUGAACGACAGUUACAGGAUGCUUCGUCUUUGCCAUCUACACCAGUUCCUGACAAUAAUGAGAAUAGGCUAGAAGAGAUAGAAGCAGUGGAGUCAGAUGAAGGUUCAACGAAUGGUUCAUUUCAAGGAAGUAACCAAGUGAGGCAAGGCGGAGCUUACAGUACUGCAUCCACUGAAGGAUUUCUUGUCCCUUGUAAAAGGAAAGACUCAAUUGACAAAACAGAACGCCGAGCUGGUUUUGAUGAGAAUACCAUCAAGAAGGUUAAGCUCAAACUCGGUGGUUCGUCAAAAACUAUAAAUGUAGUAUCUGCUUCUGAUGGCGGUUCUGAUAUUGGGUUGUGUUCGACAAAGUCUUCUCAUGUAUCAGAUGAUGCCUUGGCAAUUAGUCAGACUAACCAGGUCAUUUCAAACGAACGAUCCACUAAACUAAGAGGGGCACCGCUGGACACCGCAAGCAAAUCAGAUUCAUGUAAUGGUACCCGAGAUAGCAAAACAAUCACGAAUCCGACUCGUAAAAGCAGCCGCAUUUCUAAGAGACGUGUUUUGGAUGAGGAACUCGAUAGUCUUGAUGAUGAUGACGAAGAAAUUCAGUUUCUCAAAAGGAUGAAAAUGGCUAAAGUUGUGGCUGUGGAAGAAGAUGUUGAUGACGAUGAAGAAAGGAGCAGAAAACAUAAAAAGCUUUCCAAGGUAAUGAAACAAAAUGUAGAACUCCCACGUGGUGUAGGAACAUCGGAGAAGUCAGGUAAGAAGGAUAAAACGGGAAAAGCAUUUGACGACGCUGAUUAUGUUAAGGACGAUGAUGAUGAGGAAGAAGAAGAGGCUGUUUCAGAUGUUGAGCCAGAAAAUAAGAGCUCGAGAACUAGAAGAAGAGCAGCUGAAGAAGGUCAGAGUGAAGUUAAGACAGAAAUGACUGUGACUACACGUCGACGUUCUGGACAUAGCGGAAACCUCAUUGAGUUUCCUCGUGGCUUACCUCCGGCUCCACCUAGAAAGCGAAAAGAAAAUGGAUUAGAGGUGGAUCAACAAAUAAAGAAAGCUGAGGCUGCUCGGAGACGUAAAUUGCAAGUUGAAAAGGCAGCAAGAGAGUCAGAGGCUGAGGCAAUCAGGAAGAUUCUGGGCCAAGACUCUAGCAGAAAGAAGAAAGAAGAUAAGAUAAAGAAACGCCAAGAAGAGAAAGCCAAGGAGAAAGCUGCAGACUCGAUUGCCCGUAGAUCAGACACAGUGAAGUGGGUGAUGGGUCCUUCAGGAACCAUCGUAACCUUCCCCGAAGAACUUGGAUUGCCAGCUAUAUUCAACUCUACACCUCACAGUUAUCCUCCACCGCGGGAGAAAUGUGCUGGUCCAGAAUGUACCAACCCAUACAAAUACAGAGAUUCAGUGUCAAAUCUACCAUUGUGCAGCCUCCGAUGCUACAAAGCAAUCAAAGGCUAAAUGAUGGAUAUAUUGUUAUGAUCAUACUCGAAUAAACCGUUUGUUGUAAAUACUAAUAAGAAAGCACUAUAGAAGUAAGAAUCAAAUGUUGGUUGUUAAAUAAGAAUUGAAUGUCUAUAAAACAUAGAUGAAUAUAUACUGUUUAUGUCC